UUACCUAUCCUUACCAUAUUAAAUGCCUAGGUCUGUGGAAGGUGUCUAAUUCUGAAGGUACAUGUUUUUUGACCCGGCGACAGCACGCGACAGUGUGGAGCCAAUAGAAACGCGUCCUGCUGAAUCAAAGGGCUCGGGCACCUGUAAACAAUAGGAAGCUGUUCAGGAAGUCAACAACCGCUCACUGACGGUCCGUCGCCCGGCCGGUGUGGAAAUCCCAGACAUGAGUCCACCUCAGUCCCGGCUGCGUCCCUCUCCUGUGUAACCAUGAAGCCGGACGUGCUAACAUUAGUGUUCUUCUUGUUGCGGGCUCCGGGGCUUCUUGUUGGAGCAGAGAGAGACUUUAGCGGCAAUUACACCGACUUUACAGAUGUGAGUUUGACGGUGGAUUUCUCCGCGGUGCUCACCGUCGUGGACCAGCGCUUUCUGUCUGUGGCCAUAGAUGCCAGUCUGGCCGUGGAGGAAAAAUUUAUGUACCUUUUGGGGUCUCCAAAGCUGAGGACACUGGCACAAGCACUAACGCCGGCAUUUUUGAGAUUUGGGGGUACCAGGCAAGAUUUUAUGAUCUUCACCCCUCAGAAGCCAUUUGUUCAGCCACAUGAGUAUCAUCAACGGUACUCUGAUUUCUCCACAGUGUCAGAAGACUGUGAGAAACUAGAGUUGCCUUUAUUACUGGAGGAGAGGCUGAAGGCAGAAUGGACUCAGCAGGAAAUAUUUCUGGAAAGUGAGGAUCUGCAGAGGAAGUACAGAAGGGUGAAGUUCACAGAGUAUACUGUGGAUCUGCUUCACUCCUUCGCCAACUGCUCUGGGUUGGAUCUGAUCUUCGGUCUAAAUGCUCUGCUCAGGACGGCUGACAACGCCUGGGACAGCAGAAAUGCCAGGACCCUGAUGCAGUACUGUGAGGCCAAACAGUACAAAAUGUCCUGGGAACUGGGAAAUGAACCAAACAGCUAUGAGAAAAAGGCAGGCAUCCGAGUGGAUGGGUACCAGCUUGGCCUGGAUUUUGUCCAUCUUCGAGAGAUGAUGAAAGAAUCCAAAUUUUACCAAAGCGCUGCACUCUAUGGGCCGGAUGUCAGCCAGCCACGGGACCACAGACGGGACCUGCUGGAGGGGUUUUUGGAAAGUGGAUCUGAAGCAAUUGACGCAUGUACCUGGCACCAUUACUAUGUCAAUGGGAGAGACACGUCCUUAGAGGAUUUUCUUGAUCCUGAGGUUCUGGACACUCUGGCACUGAAGACCAAUGAAGUCCUGGAGACAGUUCAGAUGGUGUCUCCUGGAAAGAAGGUUUGGCUGGGCGAAACCAGCUCUGCCUAUGGAGGUGGGGCUGUCGGACUUUCUGACACAUUCGUAGCAGGAUUCAUGUGGCUGGAUAAAUUAGGAUUGGGUGCCAAACUGGGUUUGAACGUUGUCAUCAGGCAGGUUUUGAUUGGCUCUGGGACUUACCACCUGGUCGAUGACAACCUGGAUCCUCUCCCUGACUAUUGGUUAUCGGUUCUGUACAAGAGACUUGUUGGACUCGAGGUUUUGAAAGUUAAGGGAUUCUCCAGUUCGGCCCAGGGAAAGAGAGUGAGGGUGUAUCUCCACUGCACUGAGAAGAAGAGCACAUAUUACAGGAAUGGAGCAGUCACACUGAUAGCCAUGAACCUGAGUAAGAGUCCAGCCAGAGUCUCUCUGCCUGCCCACAUUUCCAGUGGCACAGUGGUGGCGUUUGUCCUUCAGUCUGACCAGCCGGGGGAGCAGGGGCUGUACUCCAGGUCUGUGAAACUCAACGGCGAAGUCUUGAAGAUGGUGGAUGACAAAACUCUACCUGAGCUUAAAGGAACCAAUCUGCCGCCAGGAGAACAUCUAAAACUCCCGGGAUACUCUUUUGCCUUCUACGUCCUUCCCGAGGCGCGGGCGGCAGCCUGCCGGUGACCGCAGCGGGACAGGAGUGAUGGGACAUGAGCAUUUCCCUGCACACACUGUCGACACUGCCAUCAGGGAAACCUGAUACUACUGCUACCAAAGAGCACUGCACUGAGGGCUACUCAUCGCUGGACUAUAGACGACUGUCUAAGAGGCCAAAUACACUUGAUUCUAUGUUUUUCUUCAAUUUAUUCCUUUUUAUAAUCUAUUUCAAUACUGAUGACUUUGUUCUUUAUGGAAUAUAUUGUAUAUUGUGGAAUUUCUGUAUUUUUUAAACUAAUGUUAAGCCCUUUGGAAAACACACUUUUUAUGGGUGAAACAUCUUUACAGAACAAAUGAAUGAAUGCCGAGUCAA